AUGCAAAAUUCAAUCGUGUUGAAGGAACAGAUUGAUCAUCAUCACGAAUUAGCGGAUGAUAUGGUUUUUCAUAUUUUGCAAUUUAUGGAUUCAGAAACCAUCCUCCGAGUGUGUAUGAUCGUUUCAAAACAAUGGUAUUCGAAAUCUCUUGAAAUUCCAUUGACUUUGGAUUUCUCACUCGGAAAGAGGCUUGAUCAACACUUGAUCAAUUCCAUGGUUUCAUGCCCUAAUAUUCAAAAUUUGACCUACCUUGAUAUGUAUGAUAAUGAUGUCAAACACGAGUCCAUGUUAUUACUCACUUCAAGUGAAUAUUUAAGUAAUUUGAAAGAGUUGUUUUUGGAUUGGAAUGAUUUAUCAGCCGAUGACGUGGUGAUGAUUGCAAACAACAAAUACUUUUCGAAUUUGACAACUUUAAACAUUGAAGAAAAUAGAUCGAAUGAGACGAGCAUAAAGGCCAUUGCACAGAGUAGUUAUUUGAAGAACUUGAGAACACUCCACAUGGGAUACAGUCAAAUUAAUCUUGAUGGAGUGAAGACACUCGUGCAAAGCGAAAAUAUGCGCAAUCUUACCGAACUGCAUUUAGGAGACACUACACUCACCGCAGAUGGAGUUCAAGAACUUGUAGGACCUACUUCUCGAAUUCAAAAUUUGGUUGUAUUAGAUGUUCAUUUGGCCACUCUAGGAGAUGAAGGAGUGGCUAAACUUGUGACAUCUGACAAACUUAAAAAUCUAACCUUUCUCGAUAUAUAUCAAACAGAGAUCACUCACAAAGGAGUCAAAAAGGUCACUACCAGUCCUUUCAUGAAAAACCUCACCCGACUUGAUCUUGGCGAUAAUGAUAUUGGCCCUGAAGGUGCUAAACUAAUCGCUACAAGCGAAAACAUGAAAAAUAUGAAGAAAUUAGAAUUGGAUGACACAAGUUUGACAACAGAGGGCAUUGUACAUCUCACUUCAAGUAAGCUGAUGCAACAAUUGGUGAGCUUAAGCGUGGAUUUUAAUUCCAUUGGAAGUGAAGGAUUGAAAUUAAUUAGUGAAAGUCAAUAUUUGAAAAAUUUGACCAAAUUGUCAAUUGGAAGUAACACCAUCAAGAUUGAAGGCAUUCGAGCACUGACAGCAAGUAAAUUUUUAAGGUUGAGAAAGCUCGAUUUAUCAGAAAAUAAUGUGGACGAUCAAGGAACUAAACUCAUCGUUGGCAGUGAAAAUAUGAAAAAUUUGACAAAAUUAUAUUUGAACACCAACGACAUCAAGCCAGAAGGUGCCAAAUAUAUUGCGAACAGCCCCUACAUGCAAAACUUGAAGCUGUUAUCUUUAGAAAACAAUGAGAUUGCAGACGAAGGCGCCACAUGUAUUGCAAAUAGCUCAUUCUUAACCCAUUUAACUGAUUUAGAUUUAUCAAGCAACAGCAUUAGAGACAAUGGAUUCCAGGAAAUUGCAAAGAGUGAGACCUUGAAACACUUGACAGCACUGAAUUUAGGGUACAAUGACCAUUCUGACGAAGGAUUGAAAGCUAUUGCCUUCAGUGAAUGUUUAACAAAUGUCCUUGAUUUAAGUAUUGAAUCAAGCCUUUCAGAAAAGAGUCAAUUCAAAGAAAACAAUAUUGCGCUCUCAGAAACACCUCUAAGGAAAUUGAGAAGGAGUUUGUUAUUAUUGGAUCCAAUAGAGACUGACUUGAAGAAGGCUGUUCCAACCUCUUUUUUAUGGUGGUAUGUGGCUCCUCUUUCUAUAUUGAUUGCUGUAUUGUCAAUGGGCUUUUUUCACUAA